AUGAAGGCUUAUCAACGUGAAUUCAUCGAGUUUGCUCUCAAGAACGAGGUCCUCAAGUUUGGAUCCUUCCACCUCAAAUCCGGUCGUACUUCACCUUACUUUUUCAAUGCUGGUUUGUUCAACAGCGGUAAGACUUUGGGUGCUAUUGGCACAUUCUAUGCUGCUGCUCUCGAGGAUGCCAGCUUUGAUUACGAUGUUCUUUUUGGUCCUGCUUAUAAGGGUAUUCCUCUUGUCUGUGCUACUGCUCUGUCUUUGUCCAACGAUUACGGUAAGGACGCCCCCUUCUCUUUCAACCGCAAGGAAAAGAAGGAUCAUGGCGAGGGUGGUAACAUUGUUGGUACUCCUUUGAAGGGAAACAUUGUCGUUGUUGAUGAUGUAAUUACUGCUGGUACUGCCAUCAACGAGUCCAUCGAGAUUAUCAAGCAAAACAAUGCUCAGCUUGCUGGUGUUCUUGUCGCUGUUGAUCGCGCUGAAAUUGCUCCUGAUGGCACUGGUAAGAGUGCUAUUCAAGCUGUCGAAGAAAAGAACAAUGUUCAAGUUCGUGCCAUCAUCUCUAUGGAUCACAUCAUGGAGUUUAUGGAGGAGAAGGGUACUUAUGAAAAUGAGCUCAAGCUCAUGAAGGAAUACAAGGCACAAUACGGUAUCAAGAAGGAUUAG